AUGCUUUUGAUAUACUUUCUCCUCUUCGCUGGUGCUUUCUGCCAGAUCCCUCCACCAUGGCCACCAAAGGUUGGGACAUAUGAUCAAAAGAUUUCGCAUUUUGAUUUUGUAUUCCAUCCUCUAACUUUUAAGCAGCGCUUUGUUUACGAAGACAAACAUUAUAAACCGGGAGGACCUGUUUUCUUCUACUGUGGAAAUGAGGGGGAUAUUAUGUCUUUUUGGAAUAACACUGGCUUUAUGUUUGACAUCGCACCAAUGUUCAACGCCUUAAUUGUAUUUGUUGAACACCGCUAUUAUGGAGUGUCUUUACCAUUCGGUGAGCACAGCUUUGUUCAGCCGCAAAUUGGAUUUCUUUCAGUCGAGGAGGCUCUUGCAGACUACGCUGAAAUAAUUCCGGUUUUAAAGACCGAAUUUAAUGCCUCUUCAUCUCCUGUAAUUGCUUUUGGUGGCAGUUAUGGUGGUAUGCUCGCGGCUUAUAUGCGUCUACGAUAUCCGCAUAUUGUCGAGGGAGCUAUAGCAGCCAGUUCGCCAUUUAAAUGGGUAACAGGAGAAGAGGGCUUACAUCCAUUCUUUGAAUCAAUCAAGGAGGUCUACUUUGCUGCAAAUGAGUCCUGCAUUCCCGUCAUCCAAGCCGCGUACUCCGAAAUUCUGACAAGGAGCCAACAAGGAUCGAGUGGCCUAAAUAACAUAACCAAGGAACUGCAGCUGUGCACUCCAUUGGAGAGCAUGACUGACCUUGACUGGAUGCUGCGCUGGUCUCGCAAUGCUUUUGUACUUAUGAGCAUGAUGGACUAUCCCUAUGCUAGUUCCUUCAUGUCCAAUUUGCCUGCCAAUCCGGUGAAUGUCUCCUGUGCCAAGGCCAUUGAAUUUGGAAUCCAAAACCCUGUAGCUGGUCUACGGGAAGCUGUGGGUGUGCUAUAUGAGCGGACGUCGGAAUCGUGUUUCGAUUUCAAGAAGCAGUAUAUCGAUUGCGCGGACAUUACUGGCUGCGGAUUGGGCAAUGAGGCUACCGCUUGGGAUUUUCAGGCCUGUACUGAAAUCCAUCUCUAUGAUCCCUCGAAUGCUACCUCAAAUGACCUGUUUCCAUCGCUGCCAAAGACGCUUGAAGAUGUUAAUGCUCACUGUUUUGAAAAAUUCGUUUGGAAAAUGACAAGCAACAUCGCCUUCAGUAACGGAAACCUUGACCCUUGGAUGAAGGGUGGUGUCCUCAAAGACGUUUCAAAAAGCGUGAUUGCACUGCAGAUAAGCGGUGGAGCCCAUCACUUGGAUUUGAGAGGCGCCAAUCCGGCCGAUCCACCGUCAGUGAAGAUAGCCCGUCAAGCUGAAGUGGAGGCUAUCAGUUCAUGGUUAGCGGCCUAUGAAGCAAAUCGUUAUGACCAUCUUUCUACUUAA